ACUCAGCACAACAGAACAGAAAAAGCGGUGACGAACGUUCUUGAAAUAUUCGAUCGCUAUUUUCCUACGCAGUUUUGAUUUGAAUUGCUGUUUGUAAAGUUUUAUUUGUUCAAAAUUGUAAUCAAGUAGUGCUCAAAAUGUCCCUUAACACGGCCCACGCCGAUCAUGGCGUCCUGAUACAUGCAGGGGAAGCCAUCAUCCUGUUCUCCGACAAUGUCAUGGUCGAUUUCUACGGCAAUGACACCCCCGAGUUCAAGGGGAGCAAGAACGGGCGCAUGUACCUAACUACACACCGCAUGAUCUACAACUCCAAGAAUGUCACCGACAGUCUGAGGUCAUUCAGCUUUCCCUUCAUUGCUCUGCAAGAUGUCAAUGUGGAGCAGCCCAUGUUCUCCGCAAACUUCAUCAAGGGCAAGGUGCGGGCCCAGCCCAAUGGCAACUUCAUUGGAGAAGUGAAAUUUAAACUGGUGUUCAAGUCUGGUGGAGCCAUCGAGUUCGGCCAGGCCAUGCUGAAAGCCGCACAUCUUGCAUCCCGGCACGGCACGCCGGGCGCUGCGCCGCCGCCGUACACGCCGCCGACCGGCCCCUGGUACGCCGCCCCGCCGCCGGCCUAUGCGCCGCCGCCGCAGGGCUACUACGGAUGGGUGCCGCCCUACACUGCGUUCCCCGACCAGCCGCCACCAAACUCCGUGUUCGUGUCCAACAGCCCGCCGCCGUACCCCGGCGUGGCGGGCGCGGGCUACCCGGCCGGCGCGGGCGGGCUGUCGGGCGCCGCCGCCGCCUCCGCCCCCGCCCCGCCCGGCUACCCCGGCGGGUUCGCGCCGCCGCAGACCAACGGCAUGUCGCCCAAUGAUGCCAAAGCGGCCGAGGCGGCCCGAAGCGCCUACUAUGACCCUAACAGGCCCCAAACAGCCUACGUACCGCCGCCGUAUGAUCAGCCCCCGAGCUAUCAAGAAUCUACGUCGAAGAAAGAAAACUAAGGCACUGUCCGCACUUCCACCUCGGGCAGGCGCCGCUGCCCGUCGGCGCCGCGCCGCUACCCGAGCCCUGCUGCAGUACGGAGACCAUACUGUAACCCACCCCCCACCCCCAGAGUGCCGACUAUUUUCUAAAUACCACAAUUUUAAAACACCACUGACAUCUUUCUUCAACAUGCAUUUAUAAUUAAAUCUUAAACGGAUAGUUACAUCGACCGACUUUUUUGUUUAGGUCUAUUCUUUCUUUUAAACUACAUAUUUGGAACCUUCGUCUAGUUAGUUAUUAAUCAAACAAACGUCGAAAACAUUUAAAAAAAUUACGAAGCUUUGUUGCUUUACUUUUAAAUAUGACAAUCACCGUGACAAAAUGAUAGCUGAAAUCUGAAAGCGUGUUUGGACAUCACAAAUUGUUGACAGCAAACCUUUGUCAGAAAUGGUGUUUAGUUUGAUAAACUUGAUUGUUCAAGAUCCUUGUAUUAGGUAGUAUUCAUUAUGAACUUUGUGGUAUUUUGAAAACGAGCACCCCGAACCACUGAUCUCUUUUCAACCCGGUACACUGAAGGUGCGUCAAAAUCCAGCGUAGCGUAGUCAGUAUUUCUUAAUGCACGCGAGCGGUAGAUAUUAUGCUAGGUCUGAAUGCACCUUGACGUAAGUACCUAAAGAUAUUCGAUACCAAUUACCAAACUUUUCAACUCAACACAUUCUUAUUUCUUUAGCGUCCGCGUACGGAAUAACGUGCCCGAUGUUAUGAUCGUGCUAUGACAA